AUGAUAGGAAGUCUGUCGAACGGCGACAUGUCGGACCCCAACCACGAGGGCCACAGCGGCAAGAUGCUGGCUGAUAUCAGGGAGUAUCUUGAGUUGUCUCUGCCCGUGAAGCCGAAUAUCGUGCUUGUGCAUGCGGGCACGAAUAAUAUGGACUUGGAGGUGGAUUUGGACAAGGCGGAUUCCCUCAUUGAGGCGAUUAUUGAUCGCACGUUCGAGGGGGCGCCCGGCGUUACUGUUCUUGUGGCGCCAGUGAUCUGGGCAAAUGACCCUCGGAUGCAGGCGAAUACGGAUGCCUUUAAUGCGAAGCUGGCCGCCAUCAUUAAGCGGAAGCAAGGCGGUGGCCAGCAGAUUCUGUCUGUGCCGAUUGAGAUUACGGCCGGUGAUCUAUCCGAUAAGAAGCAUCCUAAUGGGGAUGGGUAUACUAAAAUGGCGAACGCUUGGUAUAAGGCUAUCAUCGAUGCUCACGAGCGUGGGUGGAUCCGGGACCCGGCCAAAGUUGAUGCCAAUGACCUCCCAGGGAUGGGGCUAGGAUACGGAGACGCAGGUGAUGACACUUCUCAGGUCAAUUGCGGAGACAAGAUUUGGGAGAGAAAAGGGCAAGUCUUUGACGGGUAUCGCGUCUGGGAUGAUGAGGGAACCAUAUUUCCCGCCGUCGAAGGUGCCUCCCGGGAUAAGGUCAUUCUCGCAGACCUUAACAAUGAUGGGCACACCGAUUACAUCCUGGCGUAUGAUGGCGGCGCUGUUAAGGCCUGGAUGAACACCGGGGAAGAGAACAACCCCUGGGUGAACCUGGGAGAAGUCAACCCGGACUGGAAAGAAGUGACGGGGGAUAUGAUCCGCAUGGCAGACGUCGACAACGAUGGCAAGGCGGAUCUGAUCAUCCUGUACUCCGACGGUGCUGCUAAGGUCUGGAGGAACGUGGACAAUGGCCGCAAGUUCGAGUCUCUCGAUCCUGAAUGGGCAUCAGGGUUGAGUGAGCCUCGGGAGAAGAUUCACUUCAAGGACAUGGACGGAGAUGGUUAUGCCGAUUAUGUGAUUCUCUACGAAGGAGGCUCCGUUGACUGGGCACGCAACACUCACAACAAUGGCAAGGAUAAGGGCAAGCGGAACUGGGAGAAAGCCGUUACAAUCGCACCGGGGCCAGCUGGUGUACCGAAUAACCGAGCCCAGCUGUACGACUUGGACGGGGAUGGAUUCACUGACUAUGUCGUCGUCUACGAAGGAGGAUCCGUCGACGCAUGGCGAAAUACCGGAAGCCUCAAUGAAGACGGCCGCAAUUGGGACAGCCUAGGCACCAUCGCCCCUGGCGUCAAGGGGGUUACAGGUGACAUGAUUCGAUUCGCAGACAUGGACGGAGACGGCAACGCAGACUUUCUCGCCAUCGCUGACGAUGGGAGUAUCCGCAAGUGGAAGAACCAGGGCAUCGUUGGGGCGAAGGAUUCAAGCCUGCGGUUUGCUGAUCUCGACGGCGACGGCUUGGACGACAUCGUCUCUGUGGACGGUAAAGGCCGCGCCCGCGCAUGGCUGAACAAAGGAGGAGACGGCAAAUGGAGUGAUGUUGGCGAGAUUGCUCCCGGUCUGGACGAAGAUCUGUCCUCGUCCAGGAUCGAGUUUGCCGACGUCAACGGUGACGGGCUUGAUGAUUUCCUGGUUAUCUACGGCGGGGGCGCAGUCAAAGCGUACCUCAACAAUGGCAACAUUCCUAACCCGGGGUCGGGCCGGACCUGGCAGACCGGCAUCGUCAUUUCGGAAGGUGUGGGCGAGCCAGGCCGUACGGUGCAGUUUGCAGACCUGGAUGGAGACGGGUAUGCAGACUUCUUGGUUGUGUUUGACGGUGGUGCAGUUGAUGCCUGGCUCAAUCAACAAAACAUUCCACCUGCAGAUGGAGGGCGCAUUUGGGGAGAAAGAACUACGGUAGCAACUGGAGUUGGUGAGCCGGGCAGCAAGGUGCGCUUUGCAGAUCUCACUGGCGAUAAAAAGGCCGAGUAUAUCGUUCAGUACGAUGGUGGCUCUGCUAAGGCGUAUCUGAACACGGGCAACAUCCCAGAUGCCGGCAAGCCUAGAAAUUUCGAUAAUCUGGGCACCGUCGCCACCGGUGUUGACCCGCAAGGCCCGGUAGUGUAUGCCGACAUUAAUGGAGAUGGCAAGGCCGACUAUCUUGUUGUAUUUGAGAAUGGCAAGAUCCAUUCCUAUGUCAACAGCUGCAGCUGGAAGCCUGGAGAGGGUGAUGGAGAUGGUGGUGAUGGUGAUGGUGGAGAUAGUGGUGAUGGUGACGGUGAUGGUGAUGGCGAUGGAGAUGGAGAUGGCGAUGGAGAUGGAGAUGAUGGUGACGAUGUCCUGAUUGACCCAUCCAUCUGGAAGGACGACAACCCCCACGUCGCCUGCGAGCCACCCUGCAACUUCGUUCUCCCCCCGACAGUCCUUCCCAGCCCAACAACAAUCACAUUGCCCCCCUACACCACAGACCUCGAGGUUGUCUGGACUGACGACAGUGGUAUAAUCCACGAAAUGACCCAAAAAACUACACUGACACUCCCGCCCAUAACCACCCAGACAAUCUCAUUCUGGCCACAUUCAUACCCAAUAAGCUCCGGCUCCGAGUUCACCUUCAGUCCUACCCCACUGAUCCUACCCCCUCCCUUGACUAUCACGAACGAUCCCAAUCCGUUGUCCGAAUCGGGUGUCACUCAUUCACCGGUUACUCGUACCGUCUCGCCGUAUCCUUAUCCCACGGAAGAACCGGGGGAUGAUAACGACGACGACAACGACAAUGACGACAAUGACGACGAUGACGAUGACGAUGACGAUGAUGAUGAUGAUGAUGAUGGUGAUGAUAACGAGCUGUUCGGUGGCCCGUUCCCGGGUAUAACUGGGGUUGAUGGGCCUCCGGGCCCUAUAUGCAAGUCGGGAUGUGGAUCACCAUGUAAGGGAGGUUCGUGUGGUGGUCUAGAUGGGCCUUGUACGCCGGGGCUUACUUGUCCACCUGGAAGUGAUCACGAUGAUCCUUCAGAUGAAGGCGACGACGACGAUGAUGAUGAUGACGACGAUGACGAUGAAGACGGUGAUGUUUGUGAGCUUGAUCCCUCUGAUGAGGACCCAGGUGAUCCUACGCCUCGACCUCCGCCUGAUGAUGACGGUGGUGAUGACGAUGGAGGCGAUGAUGGAGGUGACGAUGGAGGUGAUGACGGUGGUGAUGACGAUGGAGGCGAUGAUGGAGGUGAUGAUGGAGGUGAUGAUGGAGGUGAUGAUGGAGGUGAUGAUGGAGGUGAUGAUGGAGGUGAUGAUGGAGGUGAUGAUGGAGGUGAUGAUGGAGGUGAUGAUGGAGGUGAUGAUGGAGGUGAUGAUGGAGGUGAUGAUGGAGGUGAUGAUGGAGGUGAUGAUGGAGGUGAUGAUGGAGGCGACGACGACGAAAGUGACCCCGACACAGGGGACUAUAAGUGUGUCGAGGUUGAAAUCAAGACGAACCAACAAGACACGGAGGAUACCGAAACCGGAAUCCUGAAAGUGGAUGGGGAAACAAAGUGCGAUGACGAGAGAGACCGGGACAAGGACAACAAGGGCGAGUAUUUUAGCUGCGACGAUGGCUUUUGGCUGUCGUUUAAACGGGUCGACGAUCAGGAAGGGUAUGUGGAUGUGUGGUACACGGUGCCGGGGAUGGAAGAGAAGAAGAUCCAAGCGUCUGGAAGCAGCUCGACUUCAGUUUGUGGGCCUGGUGGAACAAUGACAGAGUAUUGCACAACGUCGGAGUAUUCCUGGUAUACUGGGGACUGUUGA